UGCGGAUGCGGGGAAGAUGGAGGAGGACGCAGGAGCUGUGUGAGGACACAGAGAUGCGGAUUAUGGAGGCUUGCGCCGUCAAACCAGCAAAGGGCCAAAGACGACGCUGAGUGGACGCGGGGACGAACACAGUUCAACGACAGCACUCUAAAAGAGCGCUUCUCGUCUGCAUCGCUAGAAAUAGAGCGGCCGUCUCAUUUUAACAGUUCGUUUCUCAAAGAGCGUGCGGGAAGGUUUUACAAUUGGGCAUCAAGUACGGCAUUUCCAUAUAAUAUUUCUCAUAAAGAAGAACGAGGAAUGUGGGAAACGGGGAUGGUUGUCGCUGAUUGUCAUUGCGGAGGAUGGAGAAAGCGCUCGGAGGAUGAUAAACAUGAGCCUGGAUGUCCUUUAGUGCUCGCAUGGAUUGGGAAUUUGCGCAUUCUGUGCGUUAUGACGCCAUAACAGAACUCGACACUUGACGCGUUCUGAAGUAAACGAGCGGAUCUGAACCCGUGGAGAGAUGAGGGUUCCGCGUCUGCUUCUGUACUCAUGUGCAUUAGUGGCCCUUCUGCCGGUCCCCUGCUCCGGCGCAGUGUUGCUCCGCGUCCCCCUGCGGCAGGGGCCCCCCUCACAGCCCGCGGGCCCCCGGGGCCCCUCCAGCUCCGCCCGCACACGCAGAGGAGCCAGUGCGGUGAAGUUUGUCAACAUGAUUGACAACCUUCGCGGAAAGUCAGGACAAGGGUAUUACAUUGAGAUGGCUGUGGGCACUCCGCCUCAGAAGCUGAACAUCUUGGUGGAUACGGGCAGCAGUAAUUUCGCAGUCAGCGCCGCCUCUCACCCGUUCCUCCACAGAUAUUACCAUCGCUCUCUCUCGUCGUCGUACAGAGAUCUGGGCCGCAGCGUGUAUGUGCCGUACACACAGGGCCGCUGGGAGGGUGAGCUGGGCACGGACCUGCUGUCCAUUCCUCACGGGCUCAACGUGUCUCUGAGGGCCAACAUCGCUGCAAUCACCCAGUCUGACCGCUUCUUCAUCAACGGAUCUAACUGGGAGGGCAUCCUCGGGCUGGCCUACGCCGAGAUCGCCAGGCCGGACGAGACUCUGGAGCCGUUCUUCGACUCUCUGUUGAGGCAGACCAGUGUCCCAGACGUCUUCUCCCUGCAGCUCUGCGGAGCGGGCUUCACACAGAACUACAGCGCCGGCAGCUCCACUGUAGGGGGCAGUAUGAUUAUUGGGGGAAUCGAUCCGUCUCUGUAUGUUGGCGAGCUGUGGUACACACCAAUCAGACGGGAGUGGUAUUAUGAGGUCAUCAUCGUGCGCAUCGAGGUCAACGGACAGGAUCUCAACAUGGACUGCAAAGAAUAUAACUAUGAUAAAAGUAUCGUGGACAGCGGCACCACAAACCUGCGUCUCCCUCGUAAAGUGUUCCAGGCGGCUGUGAAGGCCAUUGAAGCGGCUUCAUCGACUGAACAGUUUCCCUCAGGUUUCUGGCUGGGCGAGCAGCUGGUGUGUUGGCAAGCGGGCAGCACACCCUGGCACAUCUUCCCUGUCAUCUCUCUCUACCUGAUGAGUGAAAACACAAACCAGUCUUUCCGCAUCUCCAUCCUGCCACAGCAGUAUCUGAGGCCGGUGGAGGACGUGGCCUCGGCUCAGGAGGACUGUUAUAAAUUCGCUGUGUCUCAGUCCAGUACUGGGACGGUAAUGGGUGCCGUCAUCAUGGAGGGCUUCUAUGUGGUGUUUGACCGAGAGCACAGACGCAUCGGCUUUGCGGUCAGCACGUGUCACGGUGAGAGAGCAUUUUCUCUGAGAAACUUACAGUGGCCUCAAAUGCUCGAUCUCAAGGCAGUGCGUGCCAUAGUCAUGAAAUUUAUAGUUAAUUGA